CGUGACCGCCCUCGUCGCCCUCGGCCUUCUCAUGAUGUUUCGUCGCUCUCAUUCCUCACUAAGAAGCAGGGCGUUGAAAUCUAUAGAAACGACUAUUAACGGGCACCUUGCCACUGAUGACGACGAUGACGAGAACAACGGUGUCGGCGUUCCUCGCCUUGUGGCACAAGGCCUUUCCGGGUGCAUGUAGAUGGCAAAAUUUGACAUGAAGCAUUGGGUACCGGAUCUGUUGGGUGACUCUCAGUACCAUCCGUGUGAGAGUGUGGAGUGUUGACGUGCCUUAUCAUGCGAAGAAGCUUGAGGUUGAUCUGAGGGAACUGAUUCGGUUGCCCCUUUGUACUUGCUACCUGAUUCGUUUGUCCCUUUGUCCCUUACGGCACAGGCCAGUGCGUCGUGCGGCCAAGCGUCUUCUUUUACCCGGACAAGCACUCGCAUACAAUGACUAUCGAUCCUUUAAAAACCCUCUGCCCAUAGGCACUCGAUCUCCGUCACUCCCAUCCUCACUAGGCUCUCACCCACUCCGGAAGAACAGCUUUCGACUCGCCUCCAUCUCUAUAUCCACCAAUGAUCGCUUAUAAAAGUGAUGCUGAAGGCCACGACAAGCUCCCGAUAGACCUAGCUCAUUCCGAAAGUCCAAUGAAAACAAUCUCCAGAAAGGCCUCGCAGGAUGAUCAAGGUGAAGGCUACGGAGGCCACGACGGUUCAUGGUCGGUGGCACACGACUGGGUUGACGAUGUCGAUAGCUUCAAGGGUACUUGUACCCUGGGGUAUGUCGUAAACGAGGAUGAUUAUGAGGAUGAGGACCUUUCUUUUAUAUCUCAGCAGCCGACGAUACGCUUGGUAACAAACGCGCGUCCAGCUAUGGACAUAGAUCUUCCCUUGCUACCGUCAAACGUAUCUAUUCCGGCACUUGCAUUCUCCAAGGUGCAUCGCGAACUCGCAUCAUCCCCCUCUCCUAGAAUCCCGUGUCGUAUGCUCCGCGUCCCCGAUUUUGUCGAUCCUCCCGAGACCUAUAGGCCGUGCCAGACUCAUGACGAGGAUGAGGAGGUUCUAUACCUCUGGUGCAACGGAGAAAACUACGUCGUCGCUCACGCAGACCUUAGCGUUGUUUGGGAUGAAUGGGGCCAAGUUCCCUACCUCCACCCCGACCUCUUUAGUGCACUCCCCUCGAAGAAUUCCUCACCCGUGUACUCCCCUUCCACACCAACAUCGUCCCUGUCGGCCAGCGAUUCCUUCAAUCCGCAAUGGCUUUCGGCCUCGCCUGACCAGGAGUCUAGGGGAGAAAUGAAGGACUUCCCGGAAUCACUAGUCGCUGCGCUCACCAAGCUGCGCCUAGCAUCCAGCGACGGCAUGAUUCCCUUCUCAGAGGUGGCGCUGAGACAGCUUGUUAAAGUCUCAAUGGCGGGUGGCGAGCUCCCGCCUGUCCUCUUCAAUGAGCCCGUACCGAAGAGAGGUCGCCCGCUCAAACGUCGUCUCGUCCAGGAUUAA